AUCAGUGGGUGGAGUUUCAUGGAUUGUAACGCCAAAAGAGGAGGAAGGAGAAAACCAUAAUCCUCCCCUGGCUCUCCCAAGCACAAGAACACAUAAAUUGAUGUUGCAGACACUAUUUUCUCCGGCGCCCGCGUGGGCUGUCCCCGCCGGCAGUGCUAACACGGCCGGGGUCCGUCUCCGCUGCCCGCCACCGGCACUCCGCCUGCCCAGGUCGCCGCGCACCCGGCGGCUCCCCUGCGUCUCGAGCGGUCCGUCGGCGUUCUUCGAUCUCAAAGGUGGCCAAGGAAUGGAUGGAUUUUUCGAUGUGGAGCUGAAAGUACGUGAUUACGAACUCGAUCAGUACGGUGUCGUGAACAAUGCCGUCUACGCAAGUUAUUGUCAACACGGUCGACACGAAUUGCUUGAAAAGAUGGGGAUAAAUGCUGAUGCAAUAGCACGAACUGGUGAUGCGCUUGCAUUAUCAGAACUGUCUCUGAAGUUCCUAGCUCCUCUCAGAAGUGGAGACAAGUUUGUUGUGAAGGUCCGGAUCUCUGACUCUUCUGCUGCUCGCAUUUACAUCAACCAUUUCAUCUAUAAGCUGCCAAACCUCGAGCCUAUUUUGGAAGCCAAGGCAACAGCUGUUUGGCUCGACAAGAACUACCGCCCAGUUCGGAUUCCCCCGGAGGUGCGGUCCAAAUUAGUUCAGUUCUUACGCGAUGAACGAACUCAUUGAGUGUUUAGCUGAAAUGGAAAAGAAAUGAACAAUAAUCAAGAUCAACACGUCGUUUCCCCGUAUGUAAUUGGACAGGAAAGCAAAGGCAAAGCGGCAUUCAGCCACGUUUAGAUUCCGUUGCUAAUGGAGACUUUCAUCCCUCUUUUAUGCCGAUGCUCACUUAAUCACCUGCUCAUAUUAUUCUCUAACGUGAGAUUGUAUACGUAGUCGGCCGUACCUAGUAUCGAGACGGGCCAACAUUCUUUUAUUGGAUAAGGAACUGACCAACCAA